AUGUCGAUGCUUAUCACACAUUGCCUGGCUCUUCUGGUGAAAGGUGUGUGGCCGUCUGAAGAGGUGAUGGCUCAUUACUGUCUGCAGAAACGCCACAUGUUCAAGGGUGCAGUGUGUGAGUUAGGAGGGGGAAUGACUUGCCUUGCUGGGCUCAUGGUUGCCAUUUGUGCUGACGUGAACGAAGUUCUGCUAUCAGAUGGGAACGAGAAGUCCAUUCAGAAUGUACGAAAGCUGGCCGAGAGAAACAGACAAACUGGAACGUUUGGAUCUACUCAGGUAUCUUCCAGGGUGGUGAGGUGGGACUGUGAGACAGACAUAUCAGCACUAGAGGGUCACUUUGACAUUGUCAUGUGUGCAGACUGUUUGUUUCUCGACCAGUACAGAGCCAGCCUGGUUGAUGCCAUAAGGAGAUUAUUGCAACCCAACGGCACAGCGUUGGUGUUUGCUCCGCUGCGAGGUGAAACUCUGAGACUGUUUUGUCAACUGGCCCAGCAGGCCGGACUCUUCGCCUCUCAACACCAGCAGUAUGAUGCUCAGGUCUGGGAUGUUCACUUGAAGAUGGUGACGGAGGGGAAAGACGCAUACGAUGAGAACAUCCACUAUCCUCUCCUCAUCACCCUGACCAAAGGACCUCAACCUGUCAGCCACACUCAGUAAACCAAAACAAGUCCUCCGCUCCACGCAGAACCACUCCACAUGCUUUUACAUAUUCAAGAUAGAGUCAUGUCAACAACCACAAGGGAUAGAAAGGAAAGAACAGUAUUCAAAUACAGUUAGGUUAUUAGUCUCAAUAUCAAGUGUCAACAAAUGUAGUGCAUAUUUGGGCCUUUUUUUCCAUAUUUAACCUGGCCACUGAGAGGAUUCAUGAUCAGGAAUUGCAUGGCUUUGGAGAAUAUUUGAGCGUGCAUGUUUUGUAGUUGAAGAACUAAUUUCCAAAGCAGGAAGAAAUGGAGAGGCAGAUAUAUAUUCUAACGUAGUAUGUUUUAACCCUCUGCCAUAUGCCAAAUAGAUUACUACCAGUCUCCAAAAUAGUCAUGAAAUCACCUCCCGUUCAGCCAAGUGAAUAUGCCAAUCAGUCGUCAGUAACCAGCCUGUUAAUUUACCUAUUAUGGUAUUUAAUCAGCCAGUAUUCCCGUCAUCAUUCCAGCCAACAAGCCAAUCAGUCGUUUGGUAAGUUAACAGUCGGUUACACAGAGAUUUCCUCCAUCAGUCGGCCCUCUUUAACCUGUCAGUAUUAACCUAUGCCACUGUGUUCCUGCCCCCAGCGUGGAGGCCAGCUCUAAUUCAUUAACUAUCACAGACUGUGGAGCAGCUCACAGUUCCCUUUGUGUUUCCUCUAUUUCUCUUUGUUCCCUUCUUCCCCCGCUUUAAUUUCUUCUAAUACAACUCAUUCAUCCCAGUCAGAGGUCAGUAUUAAGAACUUCUUUUGUGCGUUUCUUACAACAGUACAUUAACAUAUUAAGGCACGAUCAGACGUUGUUGCUGCCUGGGAGCUACAGCUUGCAAAGGACAUUUCACAAAGAAGUGCACAUUACAUCGCAUUGUAAUUUAAUUUGACACAGCUCUGUUUGUGUUGUAAUCUGUUUGAUCUGUAAAACGGACAACAGGUAGCAUCUUGCAUCCCUUCACUCACAAACAUUUAGCUCUUUAAAGUGACUUAGCAAGCAACAAUCAAUCAUGUGGCAGCAGCUCUUAUUAGUCUGAACCCAAUUGUUCAGGAAGUGUGAGGGUUUGAAAAGAAACCAGGACAGAAAACAUGCACAUACGUUGUUAUCCCUCCUACUACUUGCAUUUAUUGACUACUGACCCCAAUACUGUGCAAUAGAUUGAACGGUUUAUGGUGUGUUGUACAGAGCAGGAGUACUUUAUUACCUGUUCUUUUCCUCUUUGUUUGAAAUGCAGACCACUUAAUGGUCUCUUGCCCCCGAUGUCCACUGAGAGCAGACAGUCUGCUGCUAUUCCUGCUGCUGUGCCACUGCCUCCAUGACAGUGGCACCAAACAGAUCUAUGAAGUGCUGCAUUGACAUUUUAAAUGUGAGAAAUGCCUUUUUUAUUUUUCUUUACAGCAAAACUGUAUGUCUUGUUUGUGUUGUGUCACCACUCCAAUUAAGCCAUUAGAAGGAUUGCUACGGUUGCUUUAGUAAAAUGUUUAGAAAGCAGAUAUGGCUUGCUGCAAACAGUAGCUUAAAGAAAUCAAAGUAUAUGUUAUGAUCAUAAAUGAGCUGCAGACAUGUUUUCAGAUUUUGUUCUAAACUAUUGCUGCUUGAAAACACACUGCUUGAACAUCCAGUGGACAUCCGGGGUUAGAUUUUGAUUUUAAAUUGAUGUGUAACUUGAGUUCUUGAAAGUUAAAUACUCUCUUUAAAGCCUCAAGAGCAAAAACGUUCACACAUGUCCGUCCAAUUGCUUUUCCAUUUUCUGUUGGUUUUAUUAUCUAUCAGCACAAGUUUACUCAGGUCUUUUUCCAUGUAUUCAGCCGUUUCCUGUUUCUUGUGGUAUUAAAGAAAUGCCAAGUGUCAGUGGUCCAGUGGCCUAAAGUUGUACCUAUCACUAGUAAAGUGUUUCCAUUUUUCACUGUGAUCCAUUGCUGUAUGCAACAGCCAAGAAGCUAUGCAGUAUUUCCCCAUGGCUGCUGUUUACACCCCUCAUGUUGAAUAAAGUAAUCCACCUUCAGAAGUGGGGGGUAUUCUCUGUGUGUAAGUAAAUUAAGUCAGCUUUAUCAGUGGUCUCAAUGCUUUGAGGACUUGCAUUGCAGAAAUGUUCCUAAUUCAAAUUGUGUUUAAUUACCUUUGUAUCUGUAAUGCAGUUUGCUGUGUACCUUUGAUAUCGGCGGGCUAACACCAUCUCAACGGUGGCUUCAUCACUGUGUAGUGUGACAUCACCACCACUGACAGUGAUGUCAUUUUGCAACACUGUUACCCGCCCUGCGUCGCUGCUUCUUGCAACAUUACUGCCUCUCUUCUUGGCAAAGUGUUCACCGGGUGCAACCGUGAUUUGCAGUGGCUUCAUGUUUUUUACACUGUGUUUUUGGUCACUUCUUGUUGUGAUGUUCGUGCUGAGUGCGCGGACACUUCUCACUGUGACAUCAGCAGGAAGCACUGACAGUCAGUGUUAUUCAGAGAGAGUCGUGUGCUGCAGCAGAGUACUACCUUUGGUAACAUCAAACAGGAAUGCUUUAUUCCAACAGAUGUGUGUCAGUGUGUUGUGGGAUGUUUUCUGUUAGGCGACGAUUUGAAUCAUCAAACAGAAUUGUUGGUCAUUUGCAGGGCAUAUCCACACUAAUCCAGAUCAACUUAAAAUAGUUUCUACUGUUUUCCACACUGAGCUUAUCUUUUUAUAUUGGCCUCCAAAAACAGAAGAACAAUUUGUAAACAAAAUGACUUAAGUUGGAGCUUUUUCUGUAGCAUCUCAGUGCAUAAGCACACCAAACAUUCAAAAUACUUAUUAAACAUUGAUUUAUAUUUAUCAUGUGAUUUGUGUUGUUAUGGGGUAUGACUAAGAAACACACACAAGUAUUAUUAAUCAUUAUUAGUAUUUUUAAUUAACUGUGUCUCCUUUACCUUCUUUAGUGUGGACAUGGCCUACAGUGAGUUCCUUCUUUCAGUGUAUCAGAUUCUCUCUGCUUCACUAUAAUCAAUCGGUAAUGAAUGUUGUGAUUUGCUGUCUAAGGGUGGGUGAUUUUUUUGUGAAAGAAUGAAAAUAAAUACAUUUUC